AUGGUUGCUCGUCGAAAAUCGGACAAGGUUCAAAAAAUCAAGCAAACCGAGGAUGAUAAUGUGGCUCAAAGAGCUUGCGCGAAUCGUCGUGAAAGACAAAGGACAAAGGUGAGUUAAAAAAAGAGAAAGAAUACGGUAGAUAUAUGUAUGUCAUGCGCGUCAGUUGUCUUUGUGGUUUGACUACUUUUUCCUUAAAUUUAUGACUAGGUUUCGCGCGUCUUGCGAAACCUGGGAGAGUUUAGAAAUAUGUGAGGGCAAAAUGAGUCAGCAAGGAAGUUUUGGGGGAUUUGUAAAUUGAGGGGAGGUUUGAGCAUUUUUAGAAGAAUCUGAUUUUCUGAAAUUCCAAAUGGAUUUUAGAUGGAAUAAGUUUGAGGGUCCUGAAUUAACUUUCAAUGAGGCUUGCUAAAAAUGAGAGAUUACUCUGGUCGUUUUGAGCACCGAUGGAGCUCUAAAGUUGAAACCAAGAAUAUUUUCAGAGAGGAACUAGAAUUUGAAAAAAAAUUAAAUUUAUCUUCAAUCUCCAAUUUUUCAUGCCUUUGAUGAGAAUUUCUGAACUAUAAUUUAUCACUUUUAAAUCCUAAGCUCUGAACUUCUCUGAAUUAUCAGAGUUCAAAAUUUUCAGAACUUUUCUCUGAAUCUACACUCUCACUUUUCUGUCACCCACAAGUUUUUAGACAUUUGAAAAUCGCGAACUUUUCUUUCAGUAGUUAUUUUCCAAAAAAUAAGUCUAUUCAAAUUUCCAAAAAACUUUGACCUAACCUAAUAUUUUCUUAUAUCAUAAACAAUUUUCCUGACCUUUCUUUGAUUGACAACUUCACACCAAUAUUCAACAUCACCUCACAUAAAAAUAUCAAAUUUCAAUUAACACUUCCCCCUUUCUCCCCAGCUACCGUAUCCCAACAAAUGUUUUUUUUAUUCUUUCAAAAAAUAAACAAUGCUCACUCACAGCACAUAUUAUAAAUAAUAAUGGUAUUUUAUUUAUCCGCUUGUUUUCCUUCAAAAAGUAUUUCCACCCUUUCUUUAGCUGUAUCAUAAAAGUCGGCGGCGAGUCGCAAAAGUUUUGUGGCUGGCUCAAAAUAUAUACGGUAGAUGAGAGGAGGGAUAGAGAAAAAGUGGAUUGGGUUGGUAAUAAAUGUUUUGGUUGGAGAAAAAGAGAAAUAGUUGUGACAUCUGGAGCUGAUCGGCGUUCUACAAUGAAUGUGGGGCCCUUCUUUUCGCUUUCUUAAAAGUUUUUUUUUUUAUAUAAACAGCAAGAAGGAUGGAUGGGGGAUGGGAAGGGGGAAAAUGUUGACAUUUUGAAUUUUUCGGAUCAUUUUUUGAUUUUGUUUGGGCUUGGGUUACUGUAGUUGAAUGAAUUCUUUGAAAAUUAACAAAAACAUUUUAAAAUAUUCAAAAAACUUCAAUAGAAGGAUGUCAAAAUUUUAACAAAUUCAUACUCAUUUUUCAUUUUUUUAGACGGCGAGUUAGGGCAACUUGGGGUACUGUAGUUGAACACUUUUUGUAUCAAAUUAGGGAUAGAGUUAUCGGAAAUGCGACUUACGUUUGAAGUUUGGAAAAUACAAUUUUCAGUAACCAAAUCCUUUUUUACGAAUUUUCAAAUUCAUAAAAUUCUAAUUCAAAACUUUUCUCAACUACCGUACCCUUUCCCAUUUCUCUCUCUCUCUCACAUUUUUCCGGAAAUUCCCAACCGCCCAUAAACCAAUCAAAAUGCACCAGACAGCUUGUUUUUUUCCAAUAUUAUUUUAUUAUUAUAUCCUGAGAACUUACACAUUGCGUCAUUCAAAAAAAAAUAGUUUAUGGAUUUUUAUUUGAUUGAUUAAUAUCCAACAAUCUAAUUAUAGGAAUUGAAUGAUGCGUUUUCGACACUUCGAAGAAUGAUUCCAUCAAUGCCAUCUGACAAAAUGAGCAAGAUUCAUACUUUGCGAAUUGCUACGGAUUAUAUUAGUUUUUUGGAUGAGAUGAAACAAAAUGGAUGUAAAUUGUUUGGAAGAUCGAUUUUUGAUGAGAAAACUGGUUAUGGUUUGCAAACCUCUUUCAAUGUUUGGAGAAGUAGUAAUGGGUUAACAAGUGUUAAUAUUCCACCAAUCACAACAAUUCCGAAUAUUCCAACGAUUGCUCAAAUUCCACAAAUCGGUUAGUGGUUUUGUAACUUACUAUUCAAAAAACUCAGAGAACAAUGAAAGAAACUUUUAAUGUUUUCACAACAAAAAAUUUGGUGAAUCCUUAAAUUUCUAAAAAAAAUUUAAAUGUUGAAUUCAAAAGCAAAAUUACAUCAAAACCUUCGACGUGAUUUUCAGUAUUUUUCGAAAAUUUUUAUCAAAACGUUGAGAUUAAUUCUGAAUUAUUUGAGCAAUUCAGAUUUUCCAGUAACAUUUUUUUCGGAAAAUCAAACAUUGACGCCAAUGGUUGAAAAUGUGGCUCAGUGGUAGUGAUGGCUUCUGUUAAUCUCAGAGUCAAGGGUUCAAAUCCCAGUACCCGCUACUUUGAUUAGCUUCCGGCACAGGUCCAACAUACCAACCGAUAAUUUUCCAGGAAACCCAUGCAUGUCCCUAGUAACUCAACCAUAUUAUCUGGGUUUUCCUACCACAUCCGUAACUCCAACAACCAAAGACUACACCGAUACUCAAUCUACACCAAUUCAAUGGUAA